AAAGAAGUUCCUAUGAACACCGGUGAGUGGUAGUGCUGAUUUUAUUUUUCCAAAAUAAUUUGUUGAUGUUAUUUUAAUGACCUCCAACUGUUUGUGCAAAUGGAGCAUAAUUGAAACCAGCUCAUGUUCGUGUCUAUAAAGAUUAAACGUACCCAUAAACGAGGAGAUAUUAAACGUACCCAUAAACGAGGAGAUAAAAGAUCGCUACUGGACCUUCUAUCCAGCAUUGGACUUUGCUAUGACAUGACUUGUGGAUGCCACUGUACUGGUGGCGUAUGGAGAUGAACGAGUUUCACUGCCAACAUCAUCACCUCAACCUGAUGAACUGGAUUCACUGCCAGCAUCAUCACCUCAACCAGAUGAACCGGUCAAGCGAAAGCGUGGUGGCCGAGGUUGAAACACAAUGCCCAAAGGUCGAUACACCAUCACACAUGUCACAGUUGAUGGUCAGCCUAUGUUACCUAAGAUUGCAGUGUCAGCAUUCCGGAGAGCAUGCAGUGUAAUUGGAAGGACAAAUAUCAAAAUAACCUACAAGGACUGGAAAAAAGUUCCAAACACUGAGAAGGCCGUAUUAUGGGAGACUAUUAAAGUUUUGUUUGAGAUGCCUGAAGGCGCCCAUAAAAGCCUGCAAAGACAAGCAAUGCUUAAGAUUGGCAAGGUAUGGAAGAACUUCAAGAGUGAGCUCUACAACACAUACGUGAAGAAAGAUUUGACUCCCUUCCAUCAGAAGGAAUUUGCACACUUGCGUGAUCAAUGGGAUGAGUUUGUGCAGAGAUGCCGGACGCCGGAAUUUGUGCAUCAGAGUGAGGUAAACAAGGCUAUCUCGGCACUCAAUACUCACCCUCACAGACUCGGCACAGGUGGGUAUGUGGGCAAAUCCUUGCAAUGGGCAAGGGAGGACGAGGAAGCAGCUCAACUGAGUUAGCCCACUCCAUUUGCGAACAUUCCAGUACAGCGGGCUCGGAAUUGGGUACGGGCAAGGGCAAUGACCACUUCUGAUGGCAUCAUCUCUUUCGCAAAUACCGAAACUGAGCAAGUGGCUCAAAGGGUUCAGCAACUUGCUGAAGAAUCUCUCAAAGGGUCUUUCCAGACAUGUAGGGAAGAGGACAUACUGACUGCGGCCCUAGGAACCAAAGAACACCCAGGUCGCACGCGAGGCCUUGGGGCUACAGUUCCAUGGAAGGCGGGAUUCUCUGACAACUCUGAUCUGUACAAGAGACAGAGGAGAAACAAAGGCAGUUGCGAAGAAAUGAACCUAGCACAGCUCAAAAGGGAGAUAUUUGAUGAAUUAGCAGCAAAAAUAGACACCAAAGUUGAAGAGAAACUACAGCAGGCCCUGAAUAAGAAGUCGGUAGCCUCCUUGGAAGCCAGCCCCAAUUCGUGUCAGGGUAGCAGUGGGGCUGUGGCACAUUCUCACCCUGGUGGAAGCAUUGCCGGUGACAGAUAUCCUGUUGAUGACAUCGAGGCACGUACAAAGUGCAAGAUUCAGGUGCCUGUCGGUGUAGGCUCUAAUUUCAUUGUUGAUGCUGGUGAGGGGAUUGCAGAUCCAUGCAGUGGAGAUGCAUGGGUGCAAGGUGUGCAGCUAGCAGCAGGAUAUGGAAAGGUGCGAGUGGACAUGGUAUAUUCAAAUUUCACUGCAUUCCCACUGCCUCUACCCCCAAAUGACGAGAUGGUGACACUGGGGCAGGCCCUCCACAAAUUUAUCCAAUGGCCGAAGAAGGACAUGGCUUUACCGUCCUAAUUCUGGAGUGUUUUGCUGGACUUUAUAAUUCCUCUAUGCAUGUACUGGCCUUUAUCUGCAUUUUGCUGAAAUGGUGCAUGCAGAUAGGAUGGUUGAUCUGUUGAGCCUCUGUGGGCAUCCUGGCCAUUAAGUGUAUUGUCUCAAUUGGAUAAUACAUGAUACUUGUGCUGCCUUCUUUGCUUCAUGACUCAUGAGAGAAAUAUAGUUUUAUUCGCAAUGCUCAA